CGCAAAACCCCUUGCAACCUGUCUGUCUGUCUGUCUCUCCCUCCCUCCUCCCCAACCCCAACCCACCUGAUCAUCAGAUUCCCCCUCUGCAACGAUCAUUAAGCCACCUCGAUCACAGCGAGGUUUUGUAUGGAAGCCGACUCGUCCGCCUCCAAAACCAGCCACGCGCAGAGAGCGUGCGCACGGCGGCGAGCCGCGGCGCAACCGCAGUAGUAGCCACAGCCCCUCCCGCCGCGUGCCUGCUAGCUCCCGCGCCCCGCUGCUUGCCAGACCACCGCCGAGGUAGCGCGCGCGCGCGUGAUGGCUGCCGCCGCGCCGUCUUCGUCCGCGUCAGCGUCGCCGGGCGCCGCCGGCGGGCCGCGGCCGUACCGGUCGCGGUUCGGCGACACGACGCUGACGAAGGUGUUCGUGGGCGGGCUGGCGUGGGAGACGCCCUCGGAGGGGCUCCGGCAGCACUUCGAGCGGUACGGCGACAUCCUGGAGGCCGUCGUCAUCACCGACCGCGUCACCGGCCGCUCCAAGGGCUACGGAUUCGUGACGUUCCGGGAGCCGGAGGCGGCGCGGCGCGCGGUGCAGGACCCGAACCCGACGAUCGCCGGGCGGCGCGCUAACUGCAACAUUGCCUCGCUGGGGCCGCCGCGCCCCGCCCAGCCUCGAGGGAGGGGGUCCUACGCCGCCGGGGCCCACGUGCAGCAGGGCACGCAGCCGGCGGCCCAGGGCCCGCACUUCGUCCCCAGCAGGGCGCCGGCCUCGCCGCAGAUGAUGAUGCCCCAGCACGGCGGUGGCCCUGCGAUCUACCCGCCUCAGUUCGGGUACUGGUACCCACCUGACUUUCAUUACCCACAGGCCUUUGCCAAUCCGCAAGUGCUGCAGAACUACUACCCCCAGCUGUACGGCAUGGCCUCGCCGACGGCGUCACCCUUCCACCACCACCAGUACGUCGGGUACAUGGCGCCUCAGGCUCCGACGCCGAGGGCACUGCUCCCGCCGCCACCGCCGCCGGCACAGCAGGUCGCCGUGCAGCCGUUGGUGCAUCAUCCGCCGCCGGCGCAGCAGGUGGCGGUGCAAGCGCUGCUGCAGCACCCGACGCCGCAGAUUCAGGGCUCUUUCUUUCCGGCUCCUUCGCUUCCGCACAACUUCAGGCUGCAGCUGCCGCCACCUCAAGCUUUGCCAGUAAUGCCUCCGAACACAACAGAAUCGCAGCCAGCUGAUCAGGCCGCUGCCUCUGCAGCUCGAGCGACAAACGCGAGCAGUACUCCGGGUGCCUGAUCAAGGGCUCGAGGCCAACUGAAGAUAAAUCAUCGGAUUCAACAACAAACCUUCAAAUUAACCAACUUUUUUUUUUGGGCCCAAGAAAAACAAGUCUCCAUCCACCUGCUGCGGACGAAGUUAUUAAUGGUCUGUAAGAGUAGCUCAGGAUGUUGACUCCACAAACAAACGACGGACAUUUCGGUUUCUUUCCCUCAUUGUUCCUCAUUCUUUCAUGAGUUUCGGCAAAAAUGUUCCCUCUUGGUGAAUCCGUUGUAAAGCCAAACUGGGUAUCAUAUCGACAUGUCAGGAUUUCGGUUAGGCAAGUUUCAGAUUAUUUCGCUGUUGUUGGUGCGGUCUCCAGUAUAAUAAUUUAUAAUUUUGAUCCAGGAA